AUGUAUUUACAGGUGGUCGUAUUAGCCUGCGUCUUGGCAGUCGCCAACGCCCAAUUCAACCAGGGCCAAUACUUCCCCCAACAGGACCAAUCUGGUCAAUACAAGAAGUACAACAGCCAAUACAACGCCUACAACCCUUACAACCAAUACAACAACCGUUACAACCAAUACAACCGUUACAACCAGUACCAACAGAACUACAACCCCUUCAAGCAAUACGUGUCCACCACCCCCUUCCCAGUCCGCCCCGUCACCGUCACUGAGGUCCCCGCCGUUAAGGUCAGCAGUGCCCCAGUCGUCACCCCCAGCCCAGUGGUCGUCCCCGCCCCCGUCCCAGUCGUUCCCGUCGCUAGGGUCGUCGCUGAUGCCCGUUCCGCUGAGACCGUCAGAUACGGAAACGAAAUCAACGCAGACGGUGCCUACAACUACUUCUACGAAACCAACAACGGUAUCGCCGCUCAAGCCCAAGGUACCCCCCGUAACUUCGGUGGUAACCCCCCAGUCGUCCCUGAUGUCGCCCAAGGAUCUUUCUCCUGGACUUCCCCCGAGGGUGAAGUGAUCUCCAUCACCUACGUCGCUGACGAGAACGGCUACCAGCCAACCGGUAACGCUAUUCCCCAACCCCCACCAGUCCCCGCCCAGAUCGCUCGUGCUCUCGAGUACAUCUCUAAGUACGCUCCCCCCGCGCCCCUCCCCGUCGUCUCCGCCAGCGCUGUCGCCAAGAACUAA